AUGCCGAAAGUCACACCCUCAACUGCGUCAGUCUUGGAAAGUUUGAGAACACGGAGGGUGAAAUCACAGAGGAGAGACUCCAGGGACCAGAGGGUUUCUGCUGACGGGAGAGCAGAGGCCUCCAAAGAGCAGAUGUUUAGCCAUUUAGAGUCUCCCUGCUUUGCACACCCUGUGAAACAUCACCCAGCAUCUGCUACCCGUAGGCGAGAUCAACCCUGGGGCUGUAAAAGACCCCAAGCCACUGCGGCUCGUCGGAGUUACCUGCGCCUAGGGUCUCCCCUCUCUGAUGCCCACACCACUACCCUGCAGGAGAGUGGCUCCACCCUGCCUUUGGGAGGGGUCAGCGCUGAGAGGCUUGCCCCGCCCCCAUGCAAAUCUGUCGGAGUGACUCCCAGUAAGGGUGGCUGUGCGCUAGUGCCAUCUCGUGGCCACAUCCUCGAGAUUGCUACUCUAGUUAACAAGUCAAGGUUAUUUGCUGCUGCUUUAAAAAAUGAUUUAAAUCAGCUGGGCCAGGGCGCGCUGUUACGUGACGGAACCGCUGUAGCACCACCCCUUUCGCUCCUCAGGAACUGGGGAAUACGCCAACAUGGCGGACACCGCCCUGCCCCGCUCCCCCCGGACGCGACCACCGUGCUGGUCCUGCAGAACUUGGCCAACCGCCUGUGCAUCCAUUCCGAGGGCCACCCCACGUUGUGCUGCAGCGCGGCUGAGGUCGUGUCGGUGUUCUUCUUCCACGCGAUGAGCUACAGACAGACAGAGCUGGAGCCCCCGGACAGCUACAGCUUCGUCCUUUCCGUAGGCCAUGCGGCUCCACUGCUCUGUGCCGCCUGGGCGGAGGCGGGCGGCACCAGUGAACCCGACCUGCUGAACUUGAGGACAAUUCACUGUGCCCCGGAGGAACAUCCCACCCCCAGACUGUCGUCUGUCGAUGUGGCGACAGGAUCACUGGCUGGGUUGGGCGCCACCUGGGGAACGGCUUAUGCUGGCAAGUACUGGGCCAGAGCCAGCUACUGGGUGUUCUGCCUCCUGGGUGACGGCGAGUCCUCGGAGGGCUCUGUCCGGGAAGCUUUGGCCUUUGCUUCCCACUACAGUUUGGAUAACCUUGUGGCAGUCUUCCACGUGGACUGCUUGGGACAGAGUGGCGUGGCGCCCCCGAAGCACAGCGCAGACAUCUGUCGGCUUCGCUGCGAAGCCUGUGGGUGGAACACUCAGGUAGGGGUGGCUGGCCAGGACAUGGAGGCCUUGUGCCACGCGUUUUGCCAAGCGACUCAAGUGAAGAGCAAGCCCGCUGCCGUAGUUGCGAAGACCUUCAGGGGCCGUCGUAUUCCAGACGUUGAGGAUGCGGAGAACUGGCAUGGAAAGCCGGUGCCGAAAGAAAGAGCAAAUGAAGUCAUCAGACUACAGAGUCAGAUACAGACCAACAGGAAUCUCAUACCCAAACACCCUGUUGAAGGCUCACCUCCAGUCAGCGUCACAGAUAUAAAAAUGACCUGCCUGCCUGGUUAUAAAGGGGGAGACAAGAUAGCUACUCAGAAAGCAUAUAGUUUGGCUCUGGCUGAACUGGGCCAUGCAAAUGAAAGAGUCAUUGUCCUGCAUGGUGACCCAAAGAACUCCAUCUUUUCUGAGAUAUUCAAGAAAGAACACUCUGAGCGUCUUAUUGAGUGUUUUACUGCAGAACAGAUGGCCUGUGCCACACGUGGUCGUACCGUUGCUUUUGUUAGGACUUCAGCUGCCUUUUUGAGCAGAGCAUUUGAUCAGAUCCGGAAGGGAGCCAUAUCUCAAACCAGUGUCAGUCUUAGUGGUUCCCACUGCGGGGUGUCCAUUGGUGAAGAUGGCCCCUCCCCGAUGGCCCUUGAAGAUCUAGACAUGUUCCGAAGCAUCCCCAAUUGCACUGUUUUCUAUCCAAGUGACGCCGUCUCGACAGAGCAUGCUGUUUAUCUGGCUGCCAACCCCAAAGGAAUGUGCUUCGUUCGGACCAGCUGGCCAGAAACUGCAGUUACCUAUACCCCACAAGAGAAUUUUGAGAUGGGACAGGCCACGGUCAUCCGCCACAGUGUUAAUGAUGAAGUCACAGUUAUUGGAGCUGGAGUUACUCUGCCUGAAGCCUUAGCGGCUGCCGAUGCUCUUUCUCAGCAGGAUAUUUCUGUCUGUGUCAUUGACCCGUUUACCAUUAAACCCCUGGAUGCUGCCACCAUCAUAUCCAGUGCAAAAGCUACAGGCGGCUGGGCUAUCACGGUGGAGGAUCGCUACCGAGAAGGUGGCAUUGGAGAAGCCCUAUGUGUAGCCGUCUCUGGGGAGCCUGGCAUCCACGUUCAUCAGCUGGCAGUGUCAGGAGUGCCUAAAAAAAGCAGGAAACCUAGUGAAUCGCUGGAUAUGUUUGGAAUCAGUGCUAGACACAUCAUAGCAGCUGUGAAAGCCACUUUAAUGAACUAA